AUGAAACUUUUGCCUUUUUGCACUUGGUUGACGUGCUUUUUGGUGGUCAGCUUGUGCCUGGGCUGUGAGUGCGGCGCACUGAGGCGGACCGGCAGGUCUAAGAGGGACUUGGUGCGGGUGAGGGAGGCUGCUGCUGCUGUCUCUCGCGGUGUGUGCGGCACUCGGCUGCCGCGGGGCAAGCGCUCAGUGUCUGGAGCGGAGCGGCGCUUCGGGCAGCCGGCGGAGAACCAGGCGCUCCGUCGCACCUCCGUUUACUUUAGCGGCAGAGGAGAUCAGAUGCGCCUGAAACCCAGCGUGGAGGUCCCGCGGGGCAAUUUCACCCUGGAGAUGUGGAUCAAACCCGAGGGCGGGCAGCGCUCCCCAAACGUGAUCGCAGGGCUCUUUGACAAAUGUUUCUACGCAUCCUGCGACAGAGGCUGGUUACUUGGCAUCAGACCAGUGAGCGAUCAAGGAAACAGGGACCCUCGUUUCUACUUCUCUCUCAAAACAGACAGAGCACACAAGGCCACCACGAUUACCUCCAAUGCCGCCUACUCUCCCAACCAGUGGCAGCACCUGGCUAUCACCUACAACGGCCUCCACAUGAAGCUCUACGUGAACGGAGCACAAGUGGCUGUGAGCAGAGAGCAGUCAGGCGAGAUCUUUAGUCCACUUACCAAAAAGUGCAAAGUGCUAAUGGUAGGUGGCAAUGCUCUCAACCAAAACUAUAGAGGAACCCUGGAGCACUUGAGCCUGUGGAAAGGAGCUUUGAGCCAGCGAGAGAUAAUCAGAUACAUGAAGAGCCAUGGUCGGGACUACCAGGAAAACCUCUCAGAAAUGGUAGUUUAUGAGAACUUUAAAAAUAUCUCUCGGAAAUGGUUGACGGUGAAAGAUGGAAGGUUUCCCCGGGUAGGGAUUUCUGACCGGACAUGGACAGGAGACCUUGGUGGCUCUGUUAACACAGCACUUAUCCCUCCAGUGUGUGGGCAGACCAUCUGCGACAAUGUGCAAGUGGUCACGAACUACAACAAUUUCUGGAACUUCCGCAAGCCCAAGACAGUGCGUUACCGCCUGGUGAACGUUUAUGAUGAUGAUGGUCGUUGGCCAACUGUUACAGAGCACCAGAUCAACCUUCAACAUCAGUAUCUCAAUUCUGCCUUUAGCAAAUACAACAUCACCUGGGAGCGUACAGUUCACAACGUCUUCAACUCUUCCUUACGCAACCGGCUGGUCCUGGCCAACUGUGACAUCAACAAAGUGGGUGAUGAGGAGUGCGACCCAGAAUGCAACCACACGCUGACUGGAUUUGAUGCGGGCUACUGUAGGAGGCAGACCAUGAGCUGUCCUCUGUACAAAAUGGGAAACGGAGUCUGUGAUCCUGAGUGUAACUGGGAUAAUUAUUACUAUGAUAAGGGCGACUGCUGCAACUCCAAUUAUACCGACGUCACCAAGACUUGCUUUAAUCCCAAAUCACACAACAGGGCAUACUUGGACGUGAAGGAACUGAAGGAUGUUUUGCGCCUGAAUGGCUCCACACACUUGAAUGUCUUCUUUGCUAAUGCCACUGAUGAGGACCUGGCAGGGGUGGCCACAUGGCCUUGGGAUAAAGAGGCCUUAUCACAUUUAGGUGGGAUCGUGUUGAACCCCUUGUUCUAUGGCACAUUUGGCCACACAGACACCAUGAUUCACGAGAUCGGCCAUAGUCUCGGACUCUAUCAUGUCUUCAGGGGGAUUUCUGAGGUAGAGUCAUGCAACGACGCCUGUCUGGAGACGGAACCCUCGUUAGAAACUGGAGACCUGUGUGCCGAUACAAACCCCACACCCAAGUAUAAGUACUGCCGGGACCCUGAGAGUGGAAAUGAUACCUGCGGCCAGCGCCAGUUCAAGCACACACCAUACAGGAAUUAUAUGAGCUAUGCUGAUGACGGCUGCACGGAUUCCUUCACUAUGAACCAGGUGGCUCGAAUGCACUGCUACUUAGAUCUGAUUUACCAAACUUGGAGGACUGAGAGUAAACCAGCCCCAGUUCCCUUAGCUCCUCGACUGAUGGAGCAAGCAGAAGAUGCCCUCACUCUGGAGUGGUUCCCUACACUUACUGGCCAUUACUUUGACAGAGAAGUGGGAUCAGUAUGUGACAGUUGUACUGAGGGCCAAGUGUUCCUACAGUACGCCUCACACUCGUCCUCCCCCAAACCCUGUGCUACAUCAGGACACUGGAGUCCACGAGAGGCGGAGGGUCCACCGGACGUGGAGCAGGUGUGUGAACCAAGCGUGCGAACCUGGAGUCCCCACGCUGGCCUUGACUCUAGCAGUGUGGGCUCAGCCUCGUGCCCCCCGCAGGGAUGCAUGCUUCAGCUGAACUUUGCCUACCCACUGGUACCAGACUCGCUUACUGUCUGGAUUACAUUUUUCUCCUCAAUGGAAAGUGAUCUGGCUGCUAUCCACAACAUCCUACUCUUGACUCUGAGUGGUAAUAAUGUGUCGUUGGGCCCCCAGAGUGUGUUCUGCGACACGCCACUGACAGUAAAACUGGCAGUGGAAGAGGAGGUGUAUGGGGUUCAGUUCUUCACCAUGGACCACCACUUAGAGAUUGAUGCCACACUGAUGGCCUCAAAACCAGGUCAUGUUCUCUGCCAGGAGUGCCAACCCCUGCACUACAUGCUGACACGGGAUCCACCUUUUAGUAAUGCUCCUCAUGGGUUGGUCUUCAUGGACACCACUAGGAGAUUUACAGACAGGGACAUACAGCCUGGUGAGACGUACACCUACCAGGUACUGACUGUAUCCAUGACAGCAGAAAGUGAAGCAUCACCCCCUCUUGUACAUCAGUUGGGGUCACCAUACUGUGGAGAUGGACUUAUUCAACAAUAUCUGGGAGAGCAAUGUGAUGACAUGAAUGUUGCCAAUGGAGAUGGCUGCUCCAACCAGUGCAAGAAAGAACCUUUGUUUAACUGUGUUGAUGAGCCCAGUCUUUGCUACUUCUAUGAUGGUGAUGGAGUUUGUGAGGAGUUUGAGCGUGAGACAAGUGUACGGGACUGUGGACUCUACACACCCAAUGGUUUCCUGGACCAGUGGGCCACAAGGGUGGAGGUUUCCAAUGAGGACAAGAUUUACUGCCCUGCAGAGGUGGCUGCUGGGUAUCCUGCUGUAACAAAGAGCUGCCAGUCCAAGGUGUUUGACCUUUCUGAUGGGGUAUCUCAGUAUGCCUGGUUUCCUUGUGAUCAGGCACAGACACACAUCUGGAACUUCCAGUACAGGUUAAAGGCCUAUUAUUCACACCCUAUGGUGGCUGCUGCUGUCAUUAUUCACCUGGCUGCAGAUGGGACUGUCUACAACGACCAAAGUCAGAGUAAUAUCACUGUCCAGCUGGUGGACACUAAGGAGCAGCUCCACAGUCUGGGUGAUUGGCGGCUCAGUUGCCGGAACAAUCCUCUGGUGAUCCCAGUGAGUCAUGACCUAAGCAUGGCCUUCUACAGGACCAAGGCCAUUGUGGUGAGCUUCCGCUCAUCUCUGGUGGCAAUCUCUGGUGUGGGUUUGCGCUCCUUUCAGUACUUUGACCCCAUAACUAUCAGUGGCUGCCAGAGCAAUGAGAUAUACAACCCUAUGGGCCAAAGUUGUGUGCAUUACUCAUGCGAUACUAUUGACUGUCAAAGACCUAUAGUCCAUAACGCAGAGAUGAAGUGCAGCAGCCCAGGCUACUUCAACGGCGUCCGCUGUACCGUCACCUGUAACCGCGGAUACAGCCUCAAAAUCCACAGAGAUGACGACAUCAUCAAAACACAGUCGGACUUCUUUGCCACCCUCACCUGUGUUGAUGGAAAGUGGAAUAAGCACGUGUCCUGUGAGCCAGUGGACUGCGGACGCCCCGACAAGUACCACGUUCACCCAGCCAUCUUUCACUUUUUAGAGGGCACUACCUACGGCAAGAGGUGCACUUUCCAGUGCAGGCAUCCAGCACAGCUGAUAGGCAGUAAUAAUGUGCUGACGUGUAUGGAAGAUGGGAUGUGGUCCUUUCCCCAAGCAAUGUGCGAGCUACGCUGUCCUGCACCACCUCCCAUCCCCAAUGCCAUCCUGCAGACCAAACGGUGCAAUACCACUGGUCUUAAAGUGGGCUCCCUGUGCAAGUAUAAAUGCAAGCCUGGAUACCACAUUCCUACUGCUGAAAAACACACCAGACGCGCAUUCACCCGGCAGUGUACAGAGGAUGGUAGCUGGCAGCCAGGCAUGUGUGUGCCCGUGACAUGUCCGCCACCUGCACCAGUCUUCCACGGCAGCUACCAAUGCACCAACGGUUUCCAGUUUAACAGCGAGUGCUGGCUGAGCUGCCCCGAGACCAACGACAUGGUUUCCAGCACCACCACCACUGUUAUUCGCUGCAGAAAGGAUGGGAACUGGACUGGAUCUUUCCAGAUCUGUCCACAAAUAAAAGGCCAGUGCUCACUUCCUCAGAACCUGAGUCCUCACAUCCAGCUCAGCUGCAGCGGACGAUACGGCAUAGGAGAGGAAUGUGAGCUGAGUUGUAUGGAUUCUGGCAGCAGUGUGGUUCAUCUCCCAAGGAACAUGACAGUAGAGGCCUUGAUGAAGGACCACUGGAGAAAUCCACUCAAAGCUCGGAGUAUAAUUUGUACAAUUGGUCUGAAGUGGUAUCCAAGCCCUGAAAAUCUCCACUGCAUUAAAGGUUGUGAGCCUUUCAUGGGUGAUAACUACUGUGACGCUAUCAACAACCGAGCAUUCUGUAACUAUGAUGGUGGAGACUGCUGCCAUUCUACUGUUAAAACUAAAAUGGUGAUACCAUUCCCCACGUCUUGUGAUACAAAAGAAGACUGUGCAUGUCGAGACCCCAACGCCCAGGAAAACAGCAAAGGACCCAGACAUCGCUCCAUGGGCUGA